CACCUACCAAGAGCACGGCACUUUCUCCAACAUCAACUCUGCUAAUUGGAAAAAUAACAAAAAGCAAUGGGCUAUACUGCAGCUUUCAUCCAAUGGGGAAUUCUAUUAGGAGGUUCUUAUUACCUCUAUCAAAAGAUUACUGAAAACUCCAAAAAAUCAUUAAGUGGAAAGACUGAAUUGAAGCCCCGUAGAAAUGUCAAAGUCAACAAAAAGAAAAAGAAACCCUCCAAGGCGACUUCGAAAGAAGAAGAGGUGAUAAGGGCUGACGAUAGUCAAAAGAAGGUUGCACCUGAAAAGCCCACUACUUUGCCUUCAGGAACCGUGAAAACGGAAACUGAAAAGUCAAAUAAGUCAACCCACGUUAGUGGAAAGAAAAAAGAUACUGCUUCUAGGCCAUCAAGCAAGCAGCAGAAUGGAAAAGGAAAAGAGAAUGCCUCAAAGAAAAAAGAUCCUCAGCAUGAGCAAGACAUUAGCUCAACUCCGAUAGCUUCGAAGAAGCCGGAAAACCAAAUUGAAGAGCCAGAAAAAGUUGGUAGCACACCUUCUGGUACACCAUCUUCUUUGAAAUUGAAAGAAACUGUAAAGGUGUUGCAGAUUCCCUCUUUGGACUUGAAGAAUAAUGAUGAUGAUUUUGACGAGUCUGGCUUUCAAGUCGUUUCCAAAUCUAAAAACGGAAGAAAGUCUGUUUCUUUAACUCCUCCGACGAAAAAGCAACGCCAGAAUCAACAGCGUAAAGAAAAAUUUAGAGAACUGCAGGAAAUGGCUGAUCUCGAGCAGCGCAAAAAAUUAGCAUCCCACAGAAAUGAACUAGAAAUGAAUACGAAACGAUCAAAAAUAGCCAGUCCUAACAGGUUUGCUCCGUCUUCUUUUGUAGCAGUUGGUCAGGCUAGUUCCUCUUCCAGUACACCGAAGUAUGAUACUCUUUGGUAAAUGGCCUCAUAAUUGCUACCCGUGUGAUUUUUUAAUAGAUUUAAUAAUCUUAUAAUGUAAUUGUUCUCAGCUACAAUGAGACUGAUCAGAAACGUAUGGAUGCCCAUCUAUCUCAUACUAAUGAUGCAUAAGGUAAUUCCGAAACCGUAUUUAAAUCGGUGUUCGACAUGCAACGAAAUAAUAAAUGUUAUCUUUUCUUUUUUUAUGAUAUUUCUCAUACUCUAGAACUUAU